AUGAAGGGUAUCAAAAAAGUCUUGUCACAUCCUCGACGGUCCUCGGAGGCCCAGAGUGAAAACAGCCUGGGACGCCACGAAUCUAUCGACCGCCACGAGUCUGUAGACUCUCUGAACCUGGAGAGGUCUCCCGACAGAAGCUCACGAUCCAGUCCAAGUCGGGAAUCGCAACACAGUGGCUAUAAGAAAUUACUGCCAGGCCAUGCGAAGCGCAAACGAAGAAAACAGAGAGAAGAGGAGUUGCGCAUUGCCGCAGAAGAAGUCACGCGUGGUCGUACACAGUCAGACCCUGAGCUACCGGUUCCCACUCUCAGCCGGAAAGCGAGCAGUGUUGGUGACAGUAGUCUAUUGACGGACGACUCGACUGAUGGCACGCCCGAGAGACCUCCUCUUCUCACUCACGACUCUCACGCCGGCCUUCUCACGCACUCCUCGCCUCUAGUCAAGACUGAGACCCUCACAGACACCAAUCAAGGCGCGUUCACACUGAACCACGCGCAAACGUUGCCUGCGGUGCGAGAGCCACCACGAGAAGAUGGUUCACCAUCUCCGAAAAGUCCAGACAAUGCCUCGACGCCGGCUCUGCCCUUCUUAGGCUUAAUCGACAAAGCCGACACGUUGCGACCCGAAGGCAGACGGAACAGCAUCAGCAGAUUACGAGCCAAGUCACCUGCCCGCAAAAUCCGCGAUGUCUUCACAAAAGGCAACAAGAGUCCCAGGGUCAGUCCGGAGCGAAGAGCUGGUGAGUCAGUCGAGGGGGUCAACAGCCCACUUGGAAGAAGUGCCAGUUCUGUAGGGCUAGGCGUCGAUGUAUCCGAUCAGACGAGUCUGCCGAGCCCCCAGGGACUGCAGAGACCAAAGACAGUGCCAAAUCUCGAAGCUGUGCGUCCGUUCACGCCGCCUGCCGCCAUCACAGAGGCUCCCUUGACCACCGUCACCCCUCCAACCCCGACCGAUACCCGUUUUGAUAACUCGAAAGACUCUGAUAGAGGCUCUGUGAAGUCGGAGAAAGACGAUGCAGAUCCAAAGGCAAAUCCCAAUAUCACCGUCAGUCCCUCUGGUAACAUGAUCUCCCACCGACGCGUCAGAUCCACCUCAUCUGUUUCCAAAGAGCCUAGUAAACUCUCAAUGUCCAUGAACCCUCCCUUGACACCGACCGCCGAAGAGGUCAAAACACCAGGAGGCAAUGUGGUCACUGGGAACGGAAACGUGGUGACCGGGAAUCGAAACGUUAGUGGAGGUAGUUUCUUCUCUUCGUGGGUGUCUGCUGCUCAGAAUGCCGCCAAUACCUUUUCGAGUUUGACGAACCAGAACAGAAGCAGAGCUGGAACUACGGCCUCUGAUCCCGCGAUUGGCAAAGGCAUCAAUGGAUCCAUCCGCGAAGAGCCCGAAGACAGCGAGGAUCAGGUGCCGGCAAGGAAGUCUGCUAUAGAGACAAUGGGUGCUGGCGAUCUGAAUUUCGAGCAUUUGGGACUAGACGAUGCGAAGUCCGACCCCACGACGGCCACCUCUGAUUCGCGAGAUAAAGCUUCAAUGCAGCGAGAUGUGGCGGCCGCCAAAGAAGAGGAUGCUGCAGCAAAAAGAGCAGUUUCUGCUGCGUACGAGAAGCCGGAACCAACUCCUGUGGCCGAAAUUCCAGAUCCAAUGAACAGCUUGCAGCAGGCAAAGACAGUGGCUGGGUCCAUUCAUGGCGAUACAACUCCUCCAAAUGGCAGCCUCUUCGAGGGUGAGUACACUCAUGUCAAACGAACAAACAGUGUUCGUAGCCGCCUUGCGAAUAGGAGAAGUCGAGGCUCGACAGCGGCGUCUGGCCAGUCAGCAAUAGGAGCUCUGAUGGGCGCCAGCACCUCAGCUUUAGCCAAUCCCGCAAGCGGUCCACGAUUAUCAGGAUUUGCGAUUGCGCCUAAGCAGCGAAAUCGAACCUUUCACCAGCAGUUCCGAAGUGUUCCAGAAGACGACUAUCUGAUAGAAGACUAUUCGUGUGCUCUGCAAAAAGAAAUCUUGCUCGCAGGACGGAUCUACAUCUCGGAAGGUCACAUAUGCUUUUCGAGCAACAUUCUAGGCUGGGUCACCACCAUCGUCAUCUCGUUCGACGAGGUCGUCAGUAUCGAAAAGGAGAAUACCGCUCUCGUCAUACCUAAUGCAAUAGCCGUACAAACUUUGCAUGCACGUCACACCUUCCGCAGUCUUCUGAGCCGAGAAGCGACUUAUGAUCUUCUCAUAGGCAUCUGGAAGGUCAGCCACCCAGCAAGCUUCCAGAAGAGUCAAGUCGGCAAGGAGAUCAUUGCAGAAGAAGCCACGAAAGAGGCAACGGGCACCGGUAACGACGGUGAGGAGCAUGAUGAAGAUGAUGAAAGCGGCGAAGACGAGUCUGAUGGUAGCGCGGACGAGGAGGACGAUGCACCAAGUUUUGUUGGAAGCAGCAGAAGUGGCGCGGGCAGCGAGCGACUGGACGAGAAGAGCAUUUCGCGUAAGCCUUCGGGCUUUGGUCCGCCUCCCACGGCGCCCUCGCUCGUCUCCAAAGACUCUGACCCGAUUGCGCCUGCGACGCUUCCCAGCGGCGGUACCCUCGACACCACCCAGGACUUUCCUGGCCCAGCAACACACGCGCCUACCGAUUGUAAUGAUGCUUCAACGCAUUACGAAAUCGUUAUCAAAGACGAGGUCAUUGCUGCUCCGCUCGGCAAGGUCUACUCCCUACUCUAUGGUCCUCAAUCCGGCGCUUUCAUGCGCAAAUUCCUCAUUGAUGAAUGCAAGUCGCAAGACCUGGUACUCGAAGACGACAAGAAAGGUCUCGGAGCAGAGAAGACCUCGCGAUCAUACAACUACAUCAAGCCGCUCGGAGGCUCUAUUGGCCCCAAGCAGACCAAGACCAUCACCACUGAGGACCUCGACUUCUACGACUUACAACGCGCUGUUACAGUCACCUGCUCGACUCAGACGCCGGACGUUCCGAGCGGAGGAGCCUUCACAGUCAAGACACGCUAUUGCCUUACCUGGGCAGCAGGUAAUCAGACUCGAUUGCAGAUGAAUUGUGUGAUCGAGUGGUCAGCGAAGUCGUGGCUCAAAGGACCAAUCGAGAAGGGCGCAAAGGAUGGCCAGGGACAGUACGGCGACAGCCUCGUGAAGUUCUUGAAGACUGCCGUUGGUCGACCCAGAGGACUUACCAAAGACAGCAAAGGCCCUUCGAAGAAAAAGAAGCGCAGAAGCGGUCUCAAACGAGGCGAGAGCUCCGAGAAGGCUCAAUCCGUCGCUGCGAAAGAUGAGACUUGGGGUCUGCUCGAGCCUCUGCACGGGCCGCUUGGGCCUGUCGUCGAUCUGCUGCGCCCUGUGCUGAAGACGAAUAUCUUGAUCACUGUUUUGUUUGUGCUCGUUAUCAUGCUGUGGUUCCGCACGCCCAUCAGCUCCGGAUCUGGCCUGGCCGCUCGCCCGGAUCGCCUUGCGGCAUAUGAGGAAAUGUGGCGCAAGGAAGAGAGUGAGCUGUGGAGCUGGUUGGAGAGCCGUGCUGGCGUCGACACAAUUGCAUACCAAGCCAAGUCUUCUGGGCGGAGCUCGACAGGUGAUGACAGUGUGCUCCAAAAGCAAAAGCAGAAGCAGAGACAAAAGGUGCUGAAGGGUCAGGACGUGGAGAUGAAGUUGAGGGAGGAGACGAUGGCGGCCAAAGAGGUCGAGGAAGCUAUUCGUGUGACAAGAGAGCGAUUAGAAGUGCUCGAAGAGGUGGUCAGCCAGAAGAGACGGGCGAAGGCGGACAAGGCAGCGAAGUGA